GAUAUCCUCACACUUCGACACUUCACAACCCAGCAACCAGGCACAAUGAGUGACGAUCCAUUGAAAGAUUUUACCACGAUUCCACUGGAUGGAGUUGAUCAUGAUGAACAUGAACACAACAAUGACGAUCAACAACAGGAAGAGUCCGUACAUCAACAGGAACAACAAGAACCAGCACAACAACAACAAGAUGACGAAUACGACGACGAAGAUGACGAUAAUGUGUAUAGUUCCAUUAGAGCCCACAAGUUAGCCUCUGAUGAAACCAAAGCUGUAACCAAGAAGAAGAUUGUCAGAAAAGCGCAAAAGUCAGACACACCUGACAACAGUGCAUUGCCUAAUCAACCAAGGGCGGAACCACAAGCAAGAAACGACGACUAUCAAGAUGAUUCCAAAAUAUAUUCCGAUCCACAAAUGAGAAAGCGAAUGUUAUUGGAAGAGAAAAUGGACGCGGCCAUAAAGUCCAAAUCCACCAGAAGAAGAAAAGCCGAUGAAGACGAUAUAGAAAGAAUGCAAGAUGACAAGAUUGAUUUCUUGAAGGAUCAAAUGAUCAAGGCUGCCAAUUUGGACGUAGAAAAGAACUCCCAGGGGCAAAUUGCUACGGAAAAGUUGAAAUUUUUGCGAGAAGUGGUCGAUAUCUUGUCCAGAGCCGAUUUGGCCAUUUCCAUCUUGGAUAAUAACUUGUUGGAAGCAGUUAGAUUAUGGCUUGAGCCAUUGCCUGAUGCAUCAAUGCCAGCAUAUCAAAUACAAAAGGAAUUAAUCCAUGCCUUGGAAACUUUGCCUAUUAAAACUGACCAUUUGGUUGCCUCAGGUAUAGGUAAAGUGUUGGUGUUUUACCAACGUUCCAAAAGAACCGAGCCUUCAUUAAAGAAGAUUGUUGACAGGUUAAUUGGUGACUGGACCAGACCAAUUUUAAACAAGUCCGAUUCUUAUAAGGAUCGUACCAUUCAAUUCCAUGAAUAUAACAAGAGUAAAUUCUCCAACCAAUUGGCAAGUUCGAGAUCCAGCAAACCUAAAGAGGCUAGAACCUUGUACGAAGAGAAUGCUGAAAGAAGAAAGAGAGCUGCCAUUCCAAGUGCUAGAACUGCUGCUUAUAAGGUUGCUCCCAGAGUUGAUGCCAGUUUGUUAAGAAGACAACAAGCUAGAAAUGCUCAUAAUGACGAAAGAUUCAGAAGAAUCAACCAAAAGUUGACUCUGAUGUCUGUCAAGAAGAAGGCAACCAAGAAGGGUGGACCAUCCAUCGAAGGUAGAGAUUUAGGUAUGUAGUACAAUCAACAACAUGUAACACUACAAAGGAAUAAAUUUCUUAAUACACGUAAAUUUAAAAAAUUAUACAACCAUAAAUGACCUAAAUAAAAAAAGGAACUCAAGAUUUGAACUAGAGAUUCUUUCAAAGAAAAUCCAAUUCGAUCCACAAAAUGCAAACAAGCUGUUUAUUUAAUUAAAGUGGUAGUAUUAGUAUAUCUUCAAAAAUCAUUUCCAAUUCAAAACUAUGGAUUCCCCCUCUCUUAUAAAUUAUUUAUUCUAUGCCUUUCUUCUUUGGAAAUGAAAAUAUCACACAAAAUAAUAUAAGUAAUCUAUGAUCUUGGCUUUUCC